AUGUAUGCGACUCGUGCUAAGGUGCUGUUGUUCCGGUUAGCGACUUUCGUGCUUGUGUCUGUUGUGCGUGGCCAAGAGGAAGUCACUGAACACAAAUACAACAUCGUGUUCUCUCGCGACCCAGUCCCCAGUGGACUAAGUGAGGAACAGUACUAUCCAAUGCGGCUUAGCAACGGUUCGGCCUACUUGUGCGUGCUGCCUGACAUUACUGUCGAAGAGAAGAAGACACUUCAGGCCGAGGACAGUGAACUAGAUGUUCCGCUCUCCUUAGAACAUGUGGCUGUGGUUAACAGAGCGCUGAAGAACAUGUGCUACACGAUGGAGGAAUCGUGGUGGACGUACCGAUUAUGUUGGGGGUCAGGUGUGGAGCAGUUUCACCGUUCUGCGGUUGCCGGGGAUAGCAAAUCGAAUGCUCCGAAGCAAAUGAAAGAGGACCCGCACUUCGUGUUGGGAGUGGCCCCACCUGCGGACGUGUUGGACUUGCGCUACGGCGUGAACACAAAAGGCUUGCGAUAUAUUUACACCAUAUACAGCGAUGGUUUAACGUGUGAUCUCACACAACUCCCCCGGACAACGGAGGUGCAGUUGUACUGCGCACGCGAGGGCGAAGGUAACAGUCCAACUAUGCGUGUGCGAGAGGCAGAAGUGUGUCGCUACAUCGUUAGUUUAACAGCCAAAGAGGUGUGUCUACUAGGGUUGAAGGAAAUUCAACAGCGGUAUGGUGUGAUUACGUGUCAUGAAACAAAACCCACGAACACAGUAGAUUGGAACAAUAAACAACAGGGUUAG